AUGAAAGACAUUGAUGUGGUGGUGGUAGGUGCAGGGCUCAGUGGUCUGCAGGCUGCCACCGAUGUGCAGAAUGCUGGCCUUUCCUGCGUCGUGCUUGAAGCCAAAGACCGUGUAGGCGGCAAAACACUCUCGACUACGGUCGAGCAUGGUCCUGGCGUGCUGGAUCUGGGAGCUGCUUGGAUCAAUGAUCGAACACAGCACAAGAUGUACGCUCUUUUCAAGAAAUUCGGACUCGACCCAAUCAUCCAGCGGAUGGAAGGAGACGAAGUAUUUCGCAUGAGCGCCAAGGACCCUUCGUUCAGGACACAAUGGCCAGGUUUGCCGGCUGUGGAGGAAGUGCAACGGGCGAUGUUCGACAAGAUUGCCAAUAAUAUGGACGCGGAUUGCAAGUCAAUCGACCUCCACGAUUCCACUGCAAACAGCCACGUCAAAGACAUUUCGCUCGGGGAAUACUUCCGUCAAAAAGGCACAGAUGGAUUUGCCCUUGGAUUUUGGACUGCUUGGAUUCACGACUUGACCGGCACUGACCCUAACGACAUUGGACUGGUCUAUUGGCUAGAUUAUGUUAAGAGCGCCGGCGGCAUUGAAAGUCUGUUGAGUGACGGGCCGAAUGGUGCGCAGUAUAUGACGAACAGACACGGAAACCAAACAAUCUCCAAGCGCCUAGCGGAGAAUCUCAAACCAAGCAGCGUAUAUCUGAAUUGUCCUGUCAAUGGCAUCGUCCAGACGAGCACCGGAGCAAUCAUCGAAACCUUGUUCGGGGAAGCCUUUCGCGCUCGGAAAGUCCUCGUCUCCGUCCCAACACCUUUAUAUCGCCACAUCAAGUUUUCGCCACCUCUACCGGCAGACAAGCAAGAGUACGCGGACUCCGUCCACCUUGGGCCGUAUUGCAAAUGUAUCUUGAUCUAUUCAAGCCCCUGGUGGCGCGAGGCAGGCUUGAACGGAUCGUUCAUCGAUCUGUCAGGCCCUGUAGUGUUCUCGCGUGACGUGUCGUCAGAUGCGGACGAGAUGUAUGCUAUCUCGUGUCUCAUCGGUGGCGGGUAUGCUCAUGAAUGGUCGCGGCUGCCCGUGUCCCGUCGGGUCAGCGCUGUCAAGGACCAGUUGGCAACUAUGAUAGGCCCCGAGCACGGAGAGAGGGUCUACGACACGAUCCAAACCAUCGAAAAAGCCUGGGCUAAAGAGCCGUUCAUCGAGGGAGUCCCGUGCCCGAUGCCGGCCCCUGGUGGCAUCUGGCCGCGGCUGGGGAACGCACUGCGAAGGCCUUUUGGGAAUGUGCAUUUUAUCGGCACGGAGACCGCCAUUGAAUGGAAGGGGUAUAUGGAGGGUGCGGUUCGUGCUGGUGAGCGAGGCGCUAUUGAAGUGGUUGCGGAUCUCCAGGCUGCAGACGGGAGAAGGCUGCUGUGA